UACGAGUGUUGUGAUAAUUGUUGUUUGGCGUUUUUGGGUGAUUACAGCGAAAAAAGCCUCCUAAAACCCGUAAAUUUGUGUCAAAACUCUCCGUUGGGAGAUGAUUCACGAAUCUGGGCAGAAAUUUCCGGAGGAAUUGCAGUAAAAGUCUGCGAAAAGCAACGUACAAGGGAAUAGCGGAACAUCCGCGUUCGCGUUCAGUAUUUCUGUCUUUGUACACAAAAGGAACGACGACGACGAAAAAACGGAAAAACAAGAAAAUUAGCAAGCAGGAAGACUUAAAAAGGGUGCAAAAAUGUGGACAAUUGACGCAAAUAAGCAGCAAAAUGCCACAGAUAACGACAAACCGAAAACUUUCGGCAUGACAUCGGCCAUCAGUUUGAGUGGCCCGAAGCCCGAGGACUUGCAGCGCACGACAGAAUUGCAAAAAUCCCUCGAGCCCUUCGAUGCGUUCGAAACGGAAGCCGAACUGAAUCAUCGCAUGGAAAUUCUCGCCAAGUUAAAUGUGCUCGUCAAGACGUGGGUCCGGGAUGUGUCGAUCGCGAAAAAUAUGCCGCAGCAAUUGGCGGAGAAGGUUGGCGGUAAGAUUUACACUUUCGGGUCGUAUCGUCUCGGAGUGCAUCACAAGGGGGCUGAUAUCGAUGCGUUAUGUGUCGUACCUCGCAAUAUCGAGCGCUCCGAUUAUUUCGGGUCAUUUUUCGAAAUUUUAAAGAAACAACCCGAAGUUACGGAAUGCCGAGCUGUGGAAGAGGCUUUUGUGCCCGUGAUAAAGAUGAAUUUCGACGGCAUUGAGAUCGAUUUGUUGUUUGCGCGACUUGCACUCAAGGAAAUUCCUGAUGAUUUUGACUUGCGUGACGAUUUGCUCUUGAAAAAUUUGGAUCAAAAGUGUGUUCGCAGCUUGAACGGAUGUCGUGUCACAGAUGAAAUCCUCAGAUUAGUGCCGAAUGUCGAAAAUUUCCGUUUGGCGUUGCGCGCGAUCAAAUUAUGGGCAAAAAAACACGGAAUUUACUCGAAUUCUUUGGGAUAUUUUGGCGGAGUCUCAUGGGCGAUGCUCGUGGCACGAACUUGUCAACUCUAUCCGAAUGCCGUGGCAGCGACAAUUGUUCACAAAUUUUUCCUCGUGUUCUCGCAAUGGAAAUGGCCACAACCGGUGCUGCUCAAACAACCGGACAACGUCAAUUUGGGCUUUCCCGUGUGGGAUCCUCGCGUAAAUGCUGCCGAUCGGUAUCAUUUGAUGCCCAUAAUUACGCCUGCUUACCCGCAGCAAAACUCUACAUUUAACGUUUCAAGCUCCACGCGACGCGUCAUCAUCGACGAGUUCAAAAGUGGCAUGGAAAUUACCGAUGAAAUUAUGUUGGGCAAGGCGCAAUGGUGUCAACUCUUCACAGCACCGAAUUUUUUCACAAAAUAUCGACAUUUUAUCGUGUUGCUGGUCAUUUCGAACAACGCCGAGGAUCAUCUCGAGUGGUGCGGACUUGUCGAAGCGAAGAUUCGCUUUUUAAUUCUCAGCUUGGAACGAAAUCCGCACAUCGCCUUGGCGCAUGUCAACCCAAAAUGCUUCGAUAGACCCGAACCCGAGACAAUUGCCGACUCGCAAAAGAGUUCCGGUGCCGAAAAUGCUGCCGCUUCAGAUUCGAAUGAUGAUGACGCCUCCUCCAAUACGGCGGCGAAGGAAAAACCUUCGUGCUCGAUGUGGUUUAUUGGAUUGGAUUUUGAGCGCGUCGAUAAUUUGAACAUCGAUUUGACGGAAAGCAUACAAAAUUUCACGGAUGCCGUACACAAACAUGCCGUGCACACAAAAAUGCUCAAGGACGGCAUGAAAAUCGAGGUGCGGCAUCUGCGACGAAAGCAACUUAGUGAUUAUCUGGACAGUAGUAUACUUAAGAAGGAACGAAAAACCUCGGAAGGUUUGGAAUCGCCCGCCGCGAAACGGGCACACGAUGACGCGCACAACAACUCGAGCAAGAAGAAGAAAAAAAUUAUCGAAAAUAGUGAAACGAAAGGUUGAACUUUUUAACGUGACUCGUCUCAAGACGUUUUUUUUCUGUAUUAAAAAAAAUAUUUUACGAAUUCAAUCAAAACUCUCAUAAAUUAACUACAAAAAAUCGAAAAAAAAAUCUUUUAUAAAGAGAAAUGAGUUACAAAAAAAAAUGUGUAAUACAAAAAAAAAAUAAUUUAAAAAAAUUAAAAAGACGAAAAAAAAAUUAAUUUUAUAAAAAAAAAUAUUUAAACAAAAAAUUGUGUGAGACACAGGCAAAAAAGUACCAACCCCUUAAAAAAAAUAAUUUAAAAAAUACAAAAAAAAAAAAUGAUUUCAUCUCGUAGAGGGCUUCCCUACAAAUUCCGGCAAACCAUUUUUUUUUAAAUUAUUACAUCAGCUAAUUUAAUUUAAAGAAAAAAACACAAACAUGGGUUAUUCUUUACAUUUUUUAAAAUAAAUUAUAUACCUAAAUAAACUACAUUGUAAAUAAAUAAAAAAAAAACUAAAAAAAAUAAGAGAUCUCGAGAAAAUGGUACAUGACCGCUUAAAAAGAAAAUUAAUGAUGAUCGAGUGACAGAAAAGUCAGACGAAUUUCUGAAGAGAAAAAAUGUUCAAUUAAAAUUGAGGAAGCGUGUGAGUGAAAAAUUCAAUUUACCUACGAUUGAUAAGUAUGAGUAAAAUAACUAUCAGAGUAUAAUUAAAAUAAUCAUAAGAGAAUAAAUUAUAACGGUAAAAAAUCACUUUUUAUUAUUUUUCUGAAGUUUUAAGAUUUUCUGAACUGAGA